GGCCGCAAAUGAAUACAAAGCCGUUCGACGGCCUCCGCCCGUCCAUACUUUAGGCAUUUAUGUCGGCAAAGGGACCUGUCUUCCCUUUCCAAGACUCUCCAUUGGCACACAUUUCAGUUCACUCCUUCUCACUGCCCUUUACAAGCCACAAAUGUCGACAAUGGCUCAAGCACCAAACUCCCAGUAUCACCACUUCGUCCCGCAAUUUCUUUUGCACAACUUCUCCCACCCAUACGCCCCGCCAAAGAUACCUGGGCAAAAGUCGAAGCGACCGAAGGGGAAAUACAAGAAGGGCAUGUACCCUGGUGAUCGCGUCGUUCGAAAUGUUGACCUCACUGCGAAUCCUCCCGUCAUCUGCGAAAAGCCAGUCAAGCGGAUUCUCGGGAAGAUGGACAUGUAUCGAGACACAAGCCAACCAACCCCAAAACAGCAGCAACACGUGGAACAAAUGUUCUCCAGGCUUGAAUCGUCUGCCAGUAUCAUCUUCCAUGAGAUAGUCAAGUCCUUUGAGCAACGCGAAAGUGGUCUCUGGCUUACUCGCGCCGAGAGAAACGUCAUCCGCAAGUUCCUCUUCAUCUUGAAGUAUCGCGGAUCCACUUUCCAUCGCCGUUUCUACCACGAAAGUCGAGAUACCUACAACUCAGAUGAUCGAGAGGUAUUAAAUGACUACAUGGAAGAAAAGGGCUACAAACGGCCAAUCGAUGUUUGGUUCGACAAUCUCAAAGCAAUCAUGGAACUCGAGAUGGAUGCCGAGAAGAAAUGGAUCUUUGAACUCCCAAAGAAGAUGUUUCCCCUUGAUGCUGAGUGGUUCAUCACCCAUGUCGAAGGCACCUACAUGGCCAUCUGCACACCUGCUGAUGCUGAUGACGAAUUCGUCCUUACGGACAACAGUUUCAACGUCUUCGAAGGGCCUAAUUCCUUUGUUACUGACGAAGCAACCGGGAAUACCGAAGGCGUUGGCUACACCCCGCUCCACGAAUUUGCCCCGAUAUCGCCAAAGUUGAUCAUCGUGCUUAGGAGCUUCCUCCUGUCGGUGCCAGAAGAGGAUGCCGAUGCGGGCAUGAAAAGGUGGCGUGAGGACUGCCGUUAUCAGGCCCUUGGAAAGGUUUACAAAGGACCAGUGAAUUCAAUCCUCGAAGAUCUUCCUAUUAGCAAGGCAAUGAACAACUACGCUGAUAGAGUCAAUGGUCGGUUGCGAUAUCUCGAUGGAGAGGAUGGCAGGACACGGAAGGACCACAAAUUUUGUUUUAAAUUCUCCCCUAUUGAAACAAAACAUGUCCUCCUAAUCAAUGCCAUCCUUUUUGACAAUGCCUACACUUGCACCAGUGUGGUUUUUGAAUCGGAAACAGCGUUCCGCCAAAGUUUGGAAUGGUACUUGACAGAGCCAUGUCCUUUGACAAAAAUUGUCAGCGCUGAGGGCGAUGAGCCUCGACUCUCAUGCUUGAACAAAUUGGCAGCGCUGUUGAGAAGUCUGGGGUCUGAAAAGAAGCCAGUUUGGAAAGUGCAGUCCUUUCCGGCGACUCCACACUACGAGUUGUUUCGACGUGGAAAAGCUGUGAGAAGGCAGAUAUGCAAUCACUUCCAGAAACUAGAUGAGCAAGGUUCGAAUCCAGAGUUCACGAAACUCAUGGGGAGCUACAAAGCAUUAGGUGGAUCUGCACAGGGGAUGUUGUAUGACAUGGAACAGUCCGGCCUUAUGUGGAAACUACGAGUGAAGAUCGAUUCCUGGUCUCAAGGUGUCGACGAACGUAUAAGGGACCGGAACCGCCGUCUUCUUAUUGAUGCUUAUUUGAGACUUCCACCUGGCCGCGUGUGGUUCUUUCUGAAACAUCUAAGAUUUGAGACUUUCAAGCUACAGGCGAGGUCUUUGGGAAUCAUGGGGAAGAAGAAUGGGUUGCCUUUUCAGUCAGACACAAUGGAGGACGGACCUGAGGACGUCAUCGCACGCGCCUCCCACAUCAUCGAGAGUGAUAGUCUUGCACGGCUUAUGUAUCACACUGCCUUGAACAAUCUCAAAAGACCGAAGGAGCCCGAAACAAUGAUUUUGUCUCCUUGGGACUAUCUCAUGCAUGUCAAACAGGUGUACAAGUUUACGUUCGAGACACCAGGGCGUAUCCAAGACUGUGGAAUCCCAGAAAUUGAGCAACUGGCUGCUAUAUCACAGCUAGCAAUCAUCCAGAAUAACUCCUGGGACGAGGAUUUGAUCCUUGACAAUAUUGAAACGAUUGAGCUGAUGACAAGGUGCAUAGUAAGAGAUGAGUUCGUCGAGGUUCUGAGUGGCAAAGUUGAGCAACCAUUGUUGGGUGAACUGCAUGAGGUUUUCUUUGACGUUGCGUAUCCAAUUCUUGAUUUCGAGGAGGAGUAAAGGUUGUUGACGAGUGUUUCUCUUCGCACACAAAUGCAUUCCUUUAGUACCUUGCUAUUUCUGACCUGAAUCAGAGUACCUUCCCAG